AUGGUGGCAUCCCAAGACUCGCGGCCUGACCUCGCAUUUACGGGUGUCGCUGCCGUUUCCACCCGGGGCUCGUCUGUGGAGGCGGCUUGGUCUAAAUACCGUCUCCUGGACGGCCCGUCUGUAACGGUACAAAUCGGCGCCACGUCAAGCGACCCUGGUGGAUCUGUGCGAAACCUGUUGCCUCACAAGGCCAGGCAUGUUGAGGUUGAGGUCAAUCAAGCUGGCUCCGCGCUCACCAUGCCAGCUCGGCUGCAUCGACCGAUCAUUCAUGUGCUAGUAGCCAUUAGGAAACCGAAAACCACGGGUGCAGCGCUGGAAGCACGAAGCCGUGAUUGGCUGCUGAAGGUGUUCCGAUAUGCGCGCAACCAACUACAAGUGGUAUCUCGUGUGUCUGGUGUCGCAUCUGGCCUCUGA